CCACUCCCUCUCUUUCUCUCUCUCGCACAGACUCUCCCAUAACUAUCCCAUAAAAUAAUCCACUCGUCACCUCAAAUAUCUCAACUACCAUGGGCAUGGUGGACAUGUCGAAUCCUCCAACUUCUCGUACCAAAGAUUUCUUUGCCUCUCCGGCCCUCUCUCUCAGUCUCGCCGGGAUAUUCCGGGAUGGCACAGCAGCAGCGGGGACCGUGUCGAACACUGAAGUGGAGGAGGGAGAUGAAGGUAGCGGGGGCGGAGGCGGCGGCGCAGCCCGAAGGGAAGAGACUGUGGAGAUUAGCAGUGAGACCUCAGGAGCUGCCAGAUCGCGAUCUGAUGAUGAUUUUGAUGUUGAAGGAGAGCAUGAGGAUGAUGAAGACGAUAAUCAGAAGAAGAAAAAAAAGAGGAAAAAAUAUCACAGGCACACUGCUGAGCAAAUAAGAGAAAUGGAAGCGCUAUUCAAAGAGUCACCUCAUCCAGAUGAGAAGCAAAGGCAACAACUGAGCAAGCAAUUAGGCCUUCAUCCAAGGCAAGUAAAGUUUUGGUUCCAAAAUCGUCGAACCCACAUCAAGGCUAUACAGGAGCGCCAUGAGAAUUCUUUGUUGAAAACAGAAAUGGAGAAACUCCGUGAUGAAAAUAAGACACUAAGGGAGACCAUUAAGAAAGCUUGUUGCCCUAACUGUGGGUUUGCUACCUCUGGCAAAGAUUCAGCUUCUGCAACUGAGGAACAACAGCUACGUAUUGAAAACGCUAGGCUAAAAGCCGAGGUUGAGAAACUCCGAGCAGCUAUCGGAAAAUACCCUCCUGGAACAUCACCAACUACCUCGUCUUGCUCAGCCGGUGAUGAUCCAGAAAAUAGAAGCUCUUUAGAUUUCUACACUGGCAUUUUCGGGCUCGAAAAGUCGCGAAUUACGGAGAUUGUUAAUCAAGCAGUGGAAGAGCUCAAAAAGAUGGCUACUGCUGGGGAACCACUGUGGAUGCGAAGCUUUGAGACUGGUCGCGAGAUACUUAAUUAUGAUGAAUACAUGAAGGAGUUUUCGAUCGAAAAUUUGAGCAAUGGGAGGCCAAAGAGAUCCAUUGAGGCCUCGAGAGAGACUGGAAUUGUGUUUUUGGAUCUCCCACGUCUACUUCAAAGUUUCAUGGAUGUGAACCAAUGGAAAGAAAUGUUUCCAUGCAUGAUUUCAAAGGCAGCUACUGUUGAUGUUAUUUCCAAUGGGGAAGGUGCUAACAGAAAUGGUGCCAUUCAAUUAAUGUUUGCAGAGCUGCAAAUGCUCACACCCAUGGUUGCUACAAGGGAAGUGUAUUUCGUCCGGUUUUGCAAGCAACUAAGUGCCGAUCAGUGGGCAAUUGUCGAUGUCUCUAUUGACAAAGUUGAAGAUAAUAUUGAUGCGUCCCUCAUCAAAUGUAGAAAACGUCCAUCAGGUUGCAUUAUUGAGGAUAAAUCCAACGGGCAUUGCAAGGUGAUUUGGGUCGAACACUUGGAGUGCCAAAAAGGCACAGUUCACUCCAUGUAUCGUGCAAUUGUUAAUAGCGGUCUAGCCUUUGGUGCAAGGCACUGGGUGGCGACAUUGCAGCUACAAUGCGAGCGGCUUGUGUUCUUCAUGGCAACCAAUGUUCCCACAAAGGAUUCAAGUGGUGUUGCAACGCUGGCGGGUAGGAAAAGCAUUCUGAAACUGGCGCAAAGAAUGACAUGGGGGAUUUGUCGCGCCAUCGCAGCGUCAAGCUACCAUACAUGGAACAAGGUCCCCAGUAAAAAUGGAGAUGACAUUAGAGUUGCUUCUAGGAAGAACUUAAAUGACCCUGGAGAACCUCUUGGGGUCAUAUUGUGUGCAGUUUCAUCUCUAUGGUUGCCUGUUUCUCACCACGUUUUGUUCGAUUUUUUAAGAGAUGAAAAGCGUCGAAAUGAGUGGGACAUUAUGUCAAAUGGAAGUCCAGUGCAAUCUAUUGCAAACUUGGCUAAAGGACAGGACCGAGGCAACGCAGUUACUGUCCAUGUGAGUUUUUUUUUUCUUUCUUUCUCCUCACUUUUUCAGUAUGGUACCGAUAAUUACCACCUAAAUUGCUAAAUCGACAUACAAGAAAAUUCUAUCAUGGGUUCGAAUCCCAUUUCCUGCGGCACAGAAAUGAAAGGGGCUGAUGAAAUUAUGUGAAAGAAAGAACUUCUUGGUGGAAUCCAGUCCCCGAAGAACAAAAUAACACUACUUGUAUGUGAUUUACAAAAAAGAGAAAUGUUGUGUAGACUUGAAAAACCGAUUUCAUCAGUCAGCGUCAUUGAUUUAGCUGUGAGUCCCAUCAUUUAUUAGGACUUAUUAUCUAUUCAAUGGUUGUGAUUCAUUAAGUCAACAAAUCAUGUCAACUUUUUAAGUAUAAAUAGAAUUACUUCACAAAAAAAUGUUUCAUUUUUAUGUCCUAUAUAGAGCAAAAACUGCAACCCUUUCCUUUUUUUUGUGUGUGUUGGGAGGUUUUUUUUUUUUUUUUUUUUUGGGGGGGAAUGGUUCUCUACCAGGCAACUCUGCUUCUAAGUUCCAACAUGUAUUUCCUGAAAUUCAGACCAUGAAAUCCGAGGAAAACAAUAUGUGGGUUCUCCAAGAUAGCUGCACAAAUGCAUACGAAUCCAUGGUGGUCUAUGCUCCUGUUGACAUCAGUGGCAUGCAAUCAGUGAUGACAGGUUGUGACUCGAGCAAUGUAGCCAUCUUACCUUCUGGUUUCUCAAUUCUCCCUGAUGGGGUCGAAUCGAGGCCGCUGGUGAUUACUUCUUCUAGGCCGGAGGAGAAGAGCACAGAAGGAGCAUCGUUACUCACCAUUGCCUUCCAAAUCCUCACAAGUAACUCUCCCACAGCCAAACUUAGUAUGGAGUCGGUGGAGUCCGUUAGUACCCUUAUUUCAUGUACAAUACGCAAGAUCAAGACAAGCUUACAGUGUGAAGAUGGAUGACUAAUAAUAUUUUCUUUGGUGACUAGAUAACUCAUGAUUAAUUGUAUAGAUUAUAGAAGUCAAACGUUUCUGUUUCCCACAUGAUUUUUUUCAGUUGCGAAGCAGGAAGUAUCUAGUUGUAGGAAUUUUAAGAAUUCAUAUGUUGUGGCCUCGUAUUUUGUGGGCAUGGAUUGUAGAAAAUGACACAUUGUUUUCUUUCUUUUUGUUAUUUGAUUAAGUAUUAUUUUAGUUACUCGAUCUCUCUGCACUCCUAACUACGAAACAAACUCACAAAAUCUACUUAGUGC